AUGCAGUUCUCACUUGCCGCACUUGCCCUCUUCGUCGCCUCCGCCAUGUCUCAAGCCAUCAACAUCUCGUCCCCGCCCAGCGGUCAGACCGUCCUGGCUGGCGAGAAGCUGAACGUCGAAGUCACUCGCCAGAACUCGCUCUCUCCCUCCGAGGAGGUUGCCAUUGUCAUCGGUGUCUCGUCCUGCACCGACGAGAAUUCGUGCCCCAGCCCCUCCCAGGUCAUCCAGCAUGUCCUCUACAAUGGGCCAUACGCGGCGCCUCACCAGAACAUCACGGUGACGCUGCCAUCGAGCCUGAACGGUGGCCAUGCGGUGUUGUCCGUGACACACUUCUCCCUCGUUGGGGUAAGUUGCGUUCCCUCUGCUGGCCGACGACAUUUGCUGAUAAGUUACGAUUAG